AGCAGCAGCGGCAGAGGCAGCAUCCUUCUCUUCAAGAUUGCCGGAGCACCGCGAUUUGUGCGUCCGCCGUUUCUGAGACGAGCUAAAGCAAGCCGAGCCUUCAGCCGGAAGCUCGGCAGUGUCUUGGCUGUCUUUACUGGGAUUUAUUUUGGAUUUAUCGUCGACGUCCAGGAAAAUAAGAAGAAAACACAGACCGAGAGAGUAAAACUGAGUAGCUGAGACCACUGGUCAACACAGGUGAUACUUUCCGGCUGUCAAAUCCGCCGAGUCCCCGCAGACACGUCCGGGUUAUUUCGGGGUUAUUUUGCGGUUUAAAGGCCUCGAUAAAAAGAGACAUUGGUCCUGUGGCACGCUGGACUGUCAGCAGAGAAAUUCAUUUCUUGCGGGGACCAACCCGAGCUCGGCUGCUCGGAUGGAGAAUCCUACUAAACCGAGCUGUUUGUGGUGGGUAUUGCAGUAGAGGCAGCUUUAUUUUUGGGAUUCAGUCUCCACUCUGUCAUCGUCUCCAGCCAUGAAGUCCCACCUGCCGGCCCGGCUGGACUGAACGAGCUGGCGGAAGGUUUAAGGAGAAGGACGAAAUCUGAAGAAGAGAACAGCAGUGGGAAUCUGGCGCCCUACCAGCACCCGUGGAUCCCACAUUAACAGAAUUCAUCAUCAAUCCAAUUAUCUGGAUAAUUGAGGACGAAUAGGUAUGGAACGCAACAGAGCCAUGGCUUGGGAAGUGUUUCGGAUCACCGUUGCUGAGAAUCACCACUGACCUGGCACCCACUCCAAGGUCCAAACCCCUUUAUCCGGCACCCACAGCCCAAAGGACCCUUCUCUCCCAAGCAGCUGCCUUGUCCUCCACUUCACCUUCAGUCAGCGCCCUCAGUCUUGCUCGAGUUUCUAAAAACGCUCUUUUUAGUCAUUAAGGGUUUUUUACCUUCCAGAUUGUUGGAUUUAAUCCACUUUUGCUCAUAAAGAGAGAAGUUUUCCCAAACAGACUAAAAGCAGGUGGCUGAACAGUAUGAACUCAGUCAUGAACCCCCUUCCAUUCUUUAUAAAUAAACAGAGUCGGCGGAGUUUGUCGUCCAGGACAAGCCAGCUCAGCCUCAUGACAGACUGGUGCCUCAUGAGCGUCCUAGGCCUCAUUCUGCUCUUCAGUCUAGCCUCGAGCCAGAAGAUGGAUCCUUCUAAACACCCGAUCGUGACCACUAACUAUGGCAAGCUCAGAGGCAUCAAGAAGGACUUGAACAAUGAGAUUCUUGGCCCUGUGGAGCAGUACCUGGGUGUGCCCUACGCCACGGCGCCCAUCGGCGAUCGCCGCUUUCAGCCACCUGAGGCCCCGGGAUCCUGGCAGGAGAUCCGCAACGCCACCCUCUUUGCCCCUGUGUGCCCUCAAAAUGUUCACGGUGUGCUGCCGGAGAUAAUGCUGCCCGUGUGGUUCACAGACAACCUGGACGUGGCGGCCGGUUACAUCCAGAACCAGAGCGAAGACUGCCUCUACCUCAAUGUCUACGUGCCCACGGAGGAUGGUCCGCUCACAAAAAAACACGAUGAAUCUUCAAUGAACAAGCCUCGAGACGAAGAUAUCCGUGACCGCAGGAAGAAGCCGGUGAUGCUGUUUAUUCACGGCGGCUCCUACAUGGAAGGCACAGGAAACAUGUUUGAUGCCAGCGUCCUCGCCGCCUACGGCAACGUGAUCGUGGUAACCAUGAACUACAGGCUCGGCGUGCUCGGCUUCCUGAGCACCGGAGAUCAGUCUGCUAAGGGGAACUAUGGCCUGCUGGACCAGAUCCAGGCUCUGCGUUGGCUCAACGAGAACAUAGGCCACUUUGGCGGAGACCCGGAGAGGAUUACCAUCUUCGGCUCUGGAGCUGGGGCCUCCUGCGUCAACCUCCUCAUCCUCUCGCACCACUCUGAGGGUCUGUUCCACAGGGCCAUAGCGCAGAGUGGCACAGCCAUCUCCAGCUGGUCCGUUAACUACCAACCCCUCAAGUACACCAAGAUCCUGGCCCGGAAGGUGGGUUGCACCUACGCAGAGACGGCUGACCUGGUUGACUGCCUGAGGCGCAAGAACUUCAGAGAGCUGGUGGACCAAGACAUCCAGCCGGCCCGCUAUCACAUCGCCUUUGGGCCUGUUGUGGACGGAGACGUAGUUCCUGAUGAUCCAGAGAUUCUCAUGCAGCAGGGGGAGUUCCUAAACUAUGACAUCCUGAUAGGAGUGAACCAGGGAGAGGGGCUGAAGUUUGUGGACGACAGUGAGGACAACGACGGCAUCUCAGCUGCGGCGUUCGACUACACCAUCUCCAACUUUGUUGACAACCUCUACGGAUACCCAGAGGGCAAAGACAUCCUGAGGGAGACCAUUAAGUUCAUGUACACAGACUGGGCGGACAGGGACAACGGCGACAUGCGGCGGAAGACUCUGUUGGCCCUGUUUACGGACCACCAGUGGGUGGCACCAGCUGUGGCCACUGCCAAACUCCAUGCUGAGUUUCAGUCCCCAGUUUACUUUUACACGUUCUACCACCACUGCCAGACCGAGACGCGGCCCGAGUGGGCCGACGCCGCGCACGGAGACGAGAUACCUUACGUGUUCGGCGUACCGAUGAUCGGUGCCACGGACCUGUUCCCGUGCAACUUCUCCAAGAACGAUGUGAUGCUGAGCGCUGUGGUCAUGACUUACUGGACUAACUUCGCAAAGACUGGGGACCCCAACCUGCCCGUCCCUCAGGACACCAAGUUCAUUCAUACCAAGCCCAACCGCUUCGAGGAGGUCAUCUGGACCAAGUUCAACUCGAAGGACAAGCAGUACCUUCACAUCGGUUUGAAACCUCGUGUCAGAGACAACUACAGAGCUAACAAAGUGGCCUUUUGGCUGGAAUUAGUCCCUCAUCUUCACAGCCUGCACGACGUGCUCUUUCCCACCACUCACGCCUCCCCUGCAGGCCAUGUCCCCGGCACCACGAGGCCCAGACCCACUCGUCAUCCUUACCCUACCUUCCCGUCAGAUCCUGAGCCCGAGGGCUCAGAGCGCCCGCCCCAGGACCUCUUUCCCGGAGACACCCGCGACUACUCCACCGAACUGAGCGUGACAGUUGCGGUUGGAGCGUCGCUCCUCUUCCUCAACAUCCUGGCCUUCGCCGCCCUUUACUACAAGCGUGACAAGCGGCACGAGAUGCGCCGGCACCGGCUGUCCCCUCAGCGGCGGCCCGCCAACGACCUGGCUCACAGCCAGGAGGAAGAGAUCAUGUCCCUGCAGAUGAAGCACUCGGAGCACGACGCCACCACGACAGGAGCCCCUGCGCCCCACGACAUCCUGCGGCCCGCCUGCCCUCCCGACUACACCCUGGCGCUGCGCCGCGCCCCCGACGACGUGCCGCUGAUGACGCCAAACACCAUCACCAUGAUCCCCAGCACCAUCACCAGCAUGCAGCCUCUUCACGCCUUCAACACGUUCCCCUCCACCGGCCACAACAACACCCUGCCCCACCCCCACUCCACCACCAGGGUAUAGUAGGGACAGGCCCGACACAGCGCCACCUAGGGACCAGGAACACUGGCUCUGCUACCGCUCUGGAAGGGAGGCCUCUAGACGUGGGCCUUCGUUCUGUCCUCUUAUUCUCUUCUUUCUCCAAAAGCAACUACACCUGCUGCGUCAUGUGCUGUAAAACUUGGCAGCUCCCUCCACUGGUGGCAUGUGGAGGUGCAACUGAAGUGUACAGCAGCAGAUGAGCAGUUUGGGUCGGGGUGGGGUGGGGUGGGGUGGGUGACUCAGAUCUUUCAAAGAUACUGUUUUCAAAGACGGUCUGCUGUUUCCAGGCUCAAGACCUCCAACAUUCGUCAAAGGGACGAAUGCUGUCUCGCUCCUCGCUGUUUUCUCUUUUUUAGCGUCAUCUCUUUUUCCAUCUCCUGUGUGUUAUGUGCACAUUAUGCUUCUCUUUUCUACAUCCGUGUUUUAUUACUGCUCUCUUCCUCUCAUGUGACACGCCUCCCUUCUGCUCUUCUCUAAAAAUUCCCGAUCUGCUGAGCAGUUUGGAGGGGGAGGCGUACACUAAACAUAUAACUAUGAAAACACUGAUAUCUUUCAUUCUACCAGCAUUUUUAGGUGCCAAGUAAGUACUGCUGUGUUUGCUUUCUCAUCGAGGGAG